CUCUGACAACACACAAUGGCUUACUUUUUAUAAAGAGGACCUCAAGACUGUAAAUGAUGACCACAUUACCCUGCAAAGGGCAGCAGCAUUCUUUCUGGUGCCAUGGCUCAUUCUGAACCGAGGCCAGAAUUGCCUUUGUAAACCUACAAAAUGUUUAAGGUGACUGCAGUCAUUUCAAAAUUCCAUUGGAUACCCACUGUUCAGCAUAAAAACCCCAUCAACAGCCUUUAUAAAAAAGGAAGAAAAAAAUCUAAUAAUUUAGCAUUGUAAAUAACCCCACGUUUGCAAUUGAAAGUUCCCAAUAGAUAGAAGGUAGUGGGAGAGCGUGAAACUUAAAACAUCACUUAGUAUGGUGUGCAAACUUUAGGUGUCAGACACCAGUGCCAUGGGGAAGUGGGCUUGUUUGAAGUGGACCCUGACAGUCACGCCAUGCUGGUGGUGACAGACGGGGCAGCAACAGACACAGCAUGCUAGGCACCGGCCUGCUUGGGAAAACCUACGGUACAGCACAAACCGGUGCCAUGACCUGUGUGUUAUGUGGUAAUGAACACGCGUCUGUCAGGCUUAAACGGAACUUGGGUGGAUGCUCACCACAGGAAAAAGUUAAUAUCAACAAAUUGUAAACCCGUUGGUGACUGCUGUUGUCACUGUAAACGCUUCACUUAAUGAAGUCAGAGUGAUGGAAUAUUCGUGAAGCUUGGCGUCCAUUUAUUACUCCAGUAUAAUUCGAAGAGACGUGUGUUAGAUAAAGGAGAAUUAGAUAUUGUAUGAGGAAUUGUACAUCUGUCUUACUCAUGCAAUUGCAAUUUGAGAUAUAGAGCUGGCACGCAGGGAAGAGGGAACAUUGUGCUUCUUGUAUGCGUGCUUGCAUGUGUUACACGGUAGAUUACUGCAAACCGUACAAGUUUGGGCUAUAAUGAGCCACCGACGAUAAACGCUUAAAUUAACAUUCUGUAUGCACAGAGAUCAACAUUGCCAGGGCAAUUGUCUAUGCAUAUUUUUAUAACCAGUUAUAUUGUUAUAAUUAAGAUGUUACGUGUUAUGAUCUAACGAGUCUCUUAUAAUUUGCAGUCACUAAACCUGCUUAAGUAAAUUUCACUGUGGGUGUAUUUAUUUUGUCCUUCACAUUGCAGCUUCGAUUGAACUUUGGUGUCUCAGACAUCUGCUAAGUGGCAAUUUCACACCAUGCAGAGAAGUGGCUUUGAUGUGCUGCAGCAGGGCAUGCUGGGAAGUCCCCCUCACUCACCCUCCCAAUCCUUCACCAGCCCUCAAACUCAACUGCAUAUAAACGUGGACUACAGCGCAAGACUCAUCAGAGUGGUUCUGUCUUCAAUUUUGUCCAUUACCUUAUGUUCCUGCUAUCGGGUUGGCCCCAUUGUGAAUUCUAUUAAAGUAAAAAUUGUAAAGAAAAGCAAAUACCUGUUGUUAAGACUUAGGUCCACAUCAACAUAGAAAUUAUCACGGAAGCAUGGAGGCAAGCUGUGAGUUCCUGGACAUAAGGGAGGAUGCUUUUCAGACGGCAUGUCCACUUGCUCCGACCAGACGAGAAAACCAACCCAACCAGCGGGUGGGAGUAAGGCGGGCACGCAAGAACGAGCGCGAGAAGCUGCGGAUGCGCAAACUGACCCGGGCACUGCGGGCACUGCAGGGCAUCCUGCCCCCGCACCUGGCGGCCGUCGGUCGUCCACUCAGCAAAAUCCAGACGCUCCGACUCACCAUCCGCUACAUAGCGCAGCUAUCGCGCCUACUGCAGCACGGAACCGGGGAGGCCGCCGGAUCGCAGGAGGUCAAAGACGGCUUGGCGCAAAGCUGCUCCGAGCCUCCGUCCCUCCUGCACGACCGGUCUCCGGGCAGCAGUUGGAAGUGGGAAGAAGAUGUGGUUCACCCCGCAGUGGGGACAUUGGGACAGUGGCACGCUUCACAGACUCUGCUCGCCUCCCAGCCACUGCCUCUUGCAAAGUGGGUCUCGCAUGGAGCAGCGGCGGAGGAAGAGAGGGGUGUUGUAUGCAAACAGGAACCCUCGUGGAAUAGCUGUUCGCACGUGUACUGUGAUCCUGACCCACGGUGGGCAUCUGACAGCGAGGAGACAUGGUCGCACUCAUCCCCAAACAAGUCUGAAUCGCCACUCGAGCAAUACAGUCCCCGGUACGUCAAGGGCUGGGAAGGAACAACCAUGCAACCCUUCUCCAUGCUCCACGCAUAAAUCGACUGCACCUGAAGUAUUACAUACUUUAAAAAAAUAUAAUUUGUACAUUUUAAACUUCUAAAACGCUACAGUAUUUCUUUUAAAGCUUACAGUAUUUCCUGUAUCUAUCAACUGCUGGAAAAAGGCCUUCCCUCGUCGUGUCAGUCGUUGCGGUUGUUUGACCAUAACUCCACCGCACUGGUUAGUGCAGAUUGGUGAAGGGGUGCCGGAUCGGUUUCGAUAUCACUAUCCACUGAUGUUAGCCAUGGUUCAGGAAUCUAACUCCCCGGUAAACAUCCCAGCGUUGGAAUGUACAGUAUUUGGAACCUUUGGACCAAAGUUGGGCCAACGUUUUAUGUAUUCUGGGUCAGAUGCCCAUGUUCAGUGCUAAGCAACCACAUUGUUAAACUUUUUAGCCACAAUGACCCAUGUAAAUAUGUAGCACAAAUUUAGUCUCCUUUUUGCUUGUUCACAUUGAUAACAUUUUCUGAAAUUGUUGUUUCUGAGUUUUUACCGUGAGAGAGAUCGUUGGCUGAUAGCGUAUAGCACUUUCAGUCAAAGUGUCCGGUAUUUUGUUAUUUAUAACAGAAUAAUGUGUUUUAUGUGGCCAGCCCGAUUGAGAAAAUUACAGAAGGUAUGUUUGAAAGGAAAACAUGCAUUACGAAAUGUCUAUGAGUGCCGUACAUUGUUAGUUAAUUAUAAAGUGUUUUGCUCUAUCGUGAUUGGCUCCUGUGUACUUAUUGCUACGUCUAGUGUUUCUAAUCGCUUUAUAUUAAAACAAGGCCGUGAUUAUAAUGUAUAUAUUGGGGGGGAUAUAUUUUUAUAUUGGGGGGAACAUAUCCCCCCCAAUAUUCAAAUAUGCUCAAAAUGUCCCCCCCAAUAUAUUGAUAUGAAAAAUAUUGAAAAAAUAAUAAUUGCUAUGCUACGACAGGCAACCACGCACCGCCGUCCGAAAUUACCAUUAGCAAAUGUAAUCAUAAUCAUAACUAAACUUAACAAAUUGCCAUUAUUAUUACUACCGAUUCUAGUAUUACGGUGUACUGCAGUUCUGCGUGUGGUUUGUCCAAGUCGUGUUGCCGUAUCCCAGCAGCAGCCGUUGCUCGACUGCUGUGGGUAGGUGCAAUCAAUGUGAAACCCUGCCCUGUCUCUUCAUUUCAUUCCUUUCAAAUGUAUUAAAAAGUGGAAAACUAGAAUGUAAUAUGAGUGUUACGUAGGCUGUCUCACUGUCGAGUGGAAACAAAGUUUUUGGUGAAAACGGGCCGAUUUGCGAUUUACUAAUCAAUCAACCAUUUGAAAAGUUACUUGGAAAGUUAAUUAGCCACACAUUCACCCAGCGACCAACAGUGGCGCUCACGGGCGUAUUCAACUAACGUGAAUGUCUUUAUUACGUUAUAUUUGUCAGAAAGCCCACGUGAAGUCUGAGUAAAGUGUCAAUCCUUUAUGUUGCGCUGCAUGUGUUAUAUUUGUAGUAGCUUUCAUUUAUUGCUUAUGAUACAUAGCAUUAUUAGUGUUUCUUUGAUUAAAGUGCAAGCAGUUUUAUUACAGUCAGCUUUCAUUCAGAGUGAGUGUCAUCAUGAGCAAGAGGAAGGGUGGCAGAUUUCUUUCUGGGGGGGGGGUGCCCUAGACCCCCUGGAAGAUGUGCCCCCCCCCCCCCAAAUUUUUACCCCAUGGCUACGGCCUUGUAUCAAAACAAUGCACACGUUGGUCUUACUAUAUUACUGCAUUAGUCACCUGUGUAAUGUUUGUAAGCGUUUCCCAUCCACUUUAACAGCAGUGGCCCAUCACGCAGAUAAAGGACAAACUUUCCACGCAAAUCAGAGAUGGCUUAAAGCUCUCAUCAGGAGUUAAUUAUCACUACCCCACUGGGUUUGCCCGGCGGGGGCAUCUGGACAGGGCAGAUGGGCGCCUUGCCCUGGUCUUCACACCUCGUGUCUGAGUCUCCCUCAUCCCCUCGGCGUGAAGUGGCCGUGGCUGCCACAGCUGUUGCGUUGGGCGCCGCUCAGUCUGGGUUGGGAUUAAUCUGCGUGGAGUCUCCCAGGGGGGUGCCGGGACGAGACCACGAUCCCCGCCACCCCACAGCGGGGCUUGGGUGUCAAUGUUCGCUUUUGUGUGCAAACACCUACACACUAAUAUGGGCAGAGUAAUUGAGUAGACACUACGCCCCCUCCUUCCCAUGUAAAAAAAAAUCCCCACCACAUUAGCCAAGACUUCCUCAAAAAAAGGAAACAUGCAUUACACGACGUUUCGGGCAAUGGUCCUUUAUCAUAGCAUAGUUGUGUCUCCACAUUAAAAUUUAAGUAUCUUUACACAUCCCAUCAGCUACACGGCCUUCUUUCUGGGAGGGAAUUUUUUUCAGCAGCUUUGAUUCCGUGCAAGCAAACUCUGGACCGGCUUUGAUAUUCGUGUUAUCUCAGCAGCAGUUCGGCUCGCUUGCACCAAUGCUCAUCAGCUGUUUAGAGGUAAAGACCGUCGCAAAACCAUACGCUUAUUUAGUUAGGCGUACGAUAAGCCCUUUCACCUAGGACACAUGCUUAUUUUGUGACAAAGAGUCGUCGGGGUUGAGCCGGCCCGUCAUCCCACCGGGGUCGAUACACAUGAAAAUCGCUUUGUGAAACGUCAUCCGUGGUUGGAUGGACUGGCCUCUGCCAUAGGAAUGCGGAAUUUCCUCCUGUUAAGAUACGCAGGGCCGUUAGCGUGCGAACACGAUUGAAUGAGGCGUGACCUGGUGAGGUGGGUGAACACCAGCAAUGAAGAAACAAAGGCGGUCGGGUGUGGUAAUAAUUCCGGACAUUAUUCGCUUGCUCUCGGAAGAGAGAAGACUUAAGAGGCGGGAAGAGGAUCCGACAGGUAGACAGCAACCAUGCGGUCGGCCGGCACCAAGAAUAUUGCCCAAGCUCGGCCGUCCUCUUCAACAUGAAGGUGUUAUCGGCCAAUUAACGAUGUUGGUACACUCGAAGAAAACCCCCACGCGUGCAAGGGGGCAACACUCUAUCCCAAUACAGGCCACGUGCAUGGUCACCACCACCACUCCCCCAAACGUGCGACAGCAG